ACUCAAAUUUAUCGAAAAGUAAUUUAGAAGAUAUUUGCAGAAGCCUUGAACUACUGACUGAAGAUGUAAAAGUGGACCUUGUUCAAAGGUUAAAACUACACUCCACAGACAGAAUCUUAAAAAUAGGAACUGCAGAACUAGUAGACGAUGAAUAUGACAGAGUUUAUAAUAAGAACAAGAACAUAGAUAGAGUAGAUAUGGGCAAUAAACAUAUAAAUGAUUUGGAUAUUUGUAAGGAAAAUUUCAGAACCCAAGCCUAA